AUGGCGCUAGGCAAAUGGGCAAGCAACAACUCUUUCAUCCUUGAGGGGCUUGAAGUAAUGGCGGCUAAGGCCAUUAACCGCAAGCAGGACGACGCCGUGUCAACACUGGGCCUGCAGUGGCUGCCCAGCUCGGACUCCUUCACCUUCAAACCAAAGGGGAUGCUCGUCGGUCAUGAAAUCACCAAGCGCAUCGUGCUGUCAGAGAUUGUGCGACUCUUCGACCCUCUUGGCUGGAUAGCUCCGAUAAUCGUAAGUGCAAAGAUUGUUUUACAGGAUAUUUGGCUCCUCAGCCUCGGGUGGGAUGAGCUGCUGCCCGACGACCUCCAGUCACGCUGGACGCGCUUUCGGAGUGAGAUGCAACAGAUCUCGCUCAUCAGCCUCCCGCGGUGGCUGGGUGGCCUCGAGGCCGAGGAAUGGCACCUGCAUGGAUUCGCUGACACCUCAAAGCGAGCUUAUGCAGCAGCGAUUUAUGCGGUGUACCCGAAUUGCUCUGCUCAGCUCCUCUUUGCAAAAACAAAGUUGGCGCCCACCAAAGUUCAGUCGCUGCCUCGACUCGAACUGUGCGGCGCAGUGCUGGCCGUACGGUUGGCCAAGCACGUGUCGGACGCUUCACCAAUCAAGCCGAGUCGUAUCCACCUCUGGUCAGACUCACGCGUGGUGCUGGACUGGCUGAAGACUCAUCCGGCCCACUGGCCAACCUUCGUCGCCAAUAGAACGAGCGAAAUUCUCUCCGAGUUGCCAGCAGCUACGUGGAGGCGCGUCAAAUCCUUCGACAACUCCGCAGAUUGCGCCAUCCGAGGCCUCGCGCCUUCGGCGCUUGCUCAAUUUUCUCUUUGGUGGCACGGACCCGUGUGGCUCACGCAGGAGCAAGAGAAGUAG